CCUUCAGGCUGCCGCGGAUCGAAAACUUCCCGACUUAACCACCACAAACGGCCUCACCUCGAUGAGGCCAUUUCCACAACGUUGCCUUAUUGAAAAUUGAUUGAGUACGGUUAUUUCCCUACGCUAAAAACGACGCAUUCCCACAAGAAGACAGCGAUUGAGGAGUUUUCUUGGCUAUUUCUCGGUCCAAGCGGAACCAUUCGUGGUUCUCUAUAGGGUGUUAAAGGUUCACGGAUACCAUGCCGCCGAGAAGAGGCAGAUGGUCUUUACCCAGCGCCAAAGCCUCGCAGGGUCGGCUGGCGGCACCUCGGGGCAAGCUGCCAGGCUUCGUCCCUGCAACUCCCAAUGCUGGCUCCCAGUCAAACGGGUUCUCAAUGAGAGAUGAGGCUAAACACACCGCAUCCCAUCAGGCCUUUUCAGCCUGGGCGUCGGAAGAUGCCAAACUAAGGCAGAAGCCUGUGACAUUCGUGAGCGCCGGGUACAUCGAGCCUCUUAAAGAAAGAUUGCUCUCUGAGGAUCCACCUGGGCUCAGCAUGCCUGGGAGAUCUUCUGUGGGUGUCAUUGAGGAUGUUGGGGGCUCUGGUCAGCUGCAGGAUGCUACCAACCCCGAUGAUGCUAAGGAUAUUGCGGCAGUGCCCAUCGAAGAAGAAACAGCCGUUGACAUCGUUGGUCAGAUAUCUCUCAGCACCGAGUUCGCCACGAAAUCGGCAGGUAGCUUGGACCAACCGUCGAUAAGCGAAGGCGGCGAAACAAAAGAGUUGUUCUUCUUUGAUCUCGCAGAGAAUGAGCCAACAAUUGAUCCCUCUAUCACUCCGCCGAAGAUUGCGAGUCCGAGGUCCUCAUCCGCCGAAUCUGACUCGAGCGAGGAGAUUAUCCUUUUCAAAGGUCGUACUGCUAAUAGUCGGAGGCCCCUCUUGGGGAAUGAGAAUUUUCCUAGGGCUACUCCCGCCCCCCCGGAGGAGCACGAUAAACACAAUUCGGAGGUGAUAUUGAGUCGUUUCGAGAAAGGAAAUGCUCAGAACACCAGGCCUCCAAGCCAAGUAUCUCAGAAGCGUUCAAAGGCCCGGCGCAGACGUUUGCAGGCUCUCGAAGCAAUGAAAGACGCUGAGGAGGAUGCAAUAUUGGCAGAUUACAUUGCUAAUAUGGCCGCAAGUUCUGACGAUGACCUCCUCGCGAACCAGAUUCAGCCACUAACUUGCCAUCGGGAUCUUGGUGGCGACGAUGAUGCGAUCGAUUUCGGCGUCACAGACGAAAAGUCACCCAAGGGCGACAAUCCACUGGAUGAAGUUGAAGAGUUUGCGGAAUCGGACGCCAGCGAUACCGGUAUGGUCGACUUCGUAGAGAGCGAGGACGAUCACGACAUGGACGCGGAUACAAAGGAUGAGGCGCUUGCCCGUCUCUUUGCCGAGCAGGAAGAGCUGGGGAUGGGUAGCGAUGAUUUGCUCCUCCUUACCAGCGCCUUUGCGGAUACGGGCACAAGAAAAUCGAAGGAGAAACGCGUCCUCAAGGCAAACUCCGGUCGGGCACCACACGAACCCCCCAGCGCUACCCAAGUUGCCGACGCCUUCGAUUGUCUUGACCUCGCUGACUGGGGUUAUCUCAGCGGGCGGACGCGCAAGCGACGCAGCAAGCACCCACCCAACUUCAAUGUUUCUGAUUCGGAAAUUGAGGCAGCUCUGAAAACUGCCUGGCAGCGAGAUCGAGAGCGGAAGAAAAGCCGCAAACAAGAGCGCGAGACCCUUCGAUCCCAGGGCUUGUUGGGUAAAGAAGCAGGUCCUGACGACCUGCGCGUCAAAUACCUAUCCGGGAUGAGGUUGGACGAUAUCAAACUCGAACUUACAUCAUUCCUUGUCGGAUCCGCGGAACGCCUCGAGUUCCCGCCGCUCGAUAAACAUGCGCGCAAGGUCCUCCACGAGCUUGCAAGUAAGUUCGACAUCAAGUCACAGUCCACCGGCAAGGGUGAUCAGCGCCGUCCCGUGCUAUAUCGGACGAACCGAACGGUCCGGUACGCAUCGACCCGAUUCGAGGAUGCGGCGCGCCACGUGGAUCAAAUGGCGUCGCGUAUCCAUCGCAAAUACUUCCACCGCGUCGACGUUAAGGUCCAGAAAACUGGCUUGACCCGAAACACAGGCGGGAGCCGAUCUGGACAUAAGGCACUGACGCUCCGGGAGGGAGAAAUCGUGGGCGCUUCUGUUCCGGAGCUUGGACGGGAGAAUAAAGGACGCGCGAUGCUGGAGAAGAUGGGCUGGAGCAAGGGGAUGGCCUUAGGCGCAUCGGACAAUCAGGGCAUCCUGGAGCCAGUGGCGCAGGUUAUGAAACGCUCGAAAGCUGGCCUUGGUUAAGACAUCUCUAGGACUAGUUUUAAGAGGUAUGAUAUGUUCAAAGUCAAGCACGCCAACCCCGUUUGUGGUCAACAUCUCAGCCCAUCGCGAUUCCACUCCAGAGCUACAGUGCAAGG